GGACCUCUCCCUCGAGGAAUCUGUGAAGGCUCAGAUACCCAUAUAUGAUAUGAUAUAUCUCUACCUCAAUCUCUUAUUUUCUUUUUCUUUUCUUUUUUCUUCUUCAGCUUGUUCCAGUCUUUAUUAUUAUUAUUUUUUUCCUGUGCCCUUCCCUGUAAUAUCUGAACCGCUACUUCUAAACCCCAUCACAUCGCUGUUGCCAACGAGUCCACCCAAUUUGGAAGUGGUGCGGGCUUCUUGGUCGUGCUCAACCCACUGUGUUGCAUGCUUCUCUCUGCAAACUGAUCAUGACGACCAACUGUUUCUGUUGGCCCAGAGGAAAGGCGGCAAGGACAACAGCCUCGUCCCUGCCCGGACAACUAUGCCGGCAGUUCUCUCUCCACGAAAUCAAAAAAGCGACCAACAACUUCCACCAAGAUCUGAUUAUCGGCGAAGGUGGCUUCGGCUACGUAUACAAGGGUCAAAUAGACGACGGCAACACGACCGUGGCGAUCAAGCGCAUGAACCCGGAGUCACGGCAAGGCGCCAAUGAGUUCAAGACAGAAACCAUCAUGCUCUCUCAGCUUCGCCACGUCCACCUCGUCUCUCUCAUCGGAUACUGCAACGAGGGGGGCGAGAUGAUCCUCGUCUACGACUACAUGCCCAACGGGACUCUCCGCGACCACCUCUACGAAACCCGCAACGAUCCGCUCCCUUGGAGAAAAAGGCUCGAUAUUUGCAUCGGAGCCGCGAGUGGGUUGCAGUUCCUUCACACGGGCGUGAAGCACCCUAUUAUCCACCGUGACGUCAAGACCACCAAUAUUCUGUUGGACCAGAAUUUUGUCGCCAAGGUUUCGGACUUCGGGUUGUCCAAAAGGGGUCUGGAUAAAACCGCGGUCAGUACCAUGGUGAAGGGCACGUUGGGUUAUUUGGAUCCGGAAUACGCAAGGCGCCGGCAACUGACGGAAAAAUCCGACGUGUACUCAAUUGGUGUGGUGCUGUUCGAAGUGUUAUGUGCACGAAAGCCGUUGGAUCAAAAACUUGCUCCGGAGCAAUGCAAUUUGGCCAACUGGGCCCGUAAAUGCAUGGAGAAGGGGACCAUAAUUGAAAUAAUUGAUCCGUAUCUUAAGGGAAAGAUUGCUCCCGAGUGUUUUAAGUUAUUCGUGGAGGUGGCGGAGAGUUGUGUGCGUGAUGAGGGGAAUCAACGGCCCACGAUGAAUGAUGUGGUGGAAAAGCUCGGCUUUGCACUGGAGCUGCAGGAGGAUGCGGACGCCGCGAAGGAGAAAAUCAAUCCCGGUGUUGACUACACCUAUCCAGAUCAGAUGUUAUCAUUCCGUCUCGCCGGAACUACAGGUGAUCAUUCUAAUCGGUACGAUAACGUUCAAAGUAGACACGUGUCCGAAUCGGGCGUUGGGACCGGGUUUACCGCGACGAGUAUUGGGUUGACCUACCCAAGUCUUAAUUCUGAUACCACCACUACCCAACUCUAAAGCUUAAUUAGGGUUUCUUUUUUGUUUUUCCAAAACGUUUUCAAAAGGCUUAUUGGGUUGGGAAAAGUGAAAUAAAUAAAUAAAAAAAAGGUAUGAGUGUGAUUAAAGCUGUCGUUUGUUUGUCUAUCACUUUUGUUUUUCCGGAAAAUGUUGGAUUACUGUAAGAAACUAUUUAAUUAGUGAGAGUUCGAUAUGUUAAUUAUGUGUAUGCCGUUGUAAAAUAUUCCCUGUAUACUGGUGUUAUACCAGAAUUUUGCUUCA